AUGAGGCAACACCAUACCACUGCCCUGCUUCCCUCGGUUCCCCCCUCUCCCCCACCGCCCCUGCUCACGUCCACCACUCCACUCCUUCCAAGCCCUCGUAAACUCCCCAGCAUCCCUCAGGCCUUCUCUGGACUCUCUACACUUUACCAGUUCAUUAGUUACCUCCCCAAAUUCUCCACAGCUUCCCCCAUCCCUUCCUGUCCUUUGAAAAUCACCCUAAACUCCCCACACAUCCCUCAAGCUCUCCCAGGACACUCCUACACUCCCACGUUCCUUAGUUACCUCCCCACGUCCUCCCCAGCCUCCCCCAUCCCUUCCUGUCCUUUGAAAACCACUCUAAACUCCACACACAUCCCUCAAGCUCUCCCCGGACACUUCUACUCUCUCCCAAGUUCUUUAGUUACCUCCUCCCAGCCCUGUCAAGACCCUCACCCCUCACCCCUCACCCCUCGGACAGUCGCCUUCAGUAGGACGCAGCCAUUCCAACACUCAUUCUGCAACUCACCCUCUAGCCGCCAUCACCAAGACCCAGCAAUAGGUCAGUGA